GACAACAUACUGAAAGGAAAAUUUUUUAUUUUGCAGAAUAACAUUGAUUUUUGCCCGUGCAGCGGAUGAUCCUAAGAAUAGAAAUCAGAGGCUCUUUGCUGCUGCUCAUUUGUUAUGCCGCGAUGGCUGAGAUCGCCCGUGCCUCAUCUCAGCGUGACCUGGUCGCAGGCACACUGCUGAUAUCCUACUGCAGUCAAGCGAAGCCCGCUCAUGCAUGAACACCGUGCAUCGCGCUGGCAACUGACCGCCCCUUAGCCCUUCCGCCUCUGCUGGAGCGCGGGGGUUCCAGAAAAAUAGCAGAUGCAGCAUGCGCAUCAUGCCCUGGCCGUCUUCUAUGCAUCGUGCAUAUUAAUCGCUAAUCUAAUUAUAGCCCGCAAAAGCGAUGACGAAAAAAAGGGUGCUUGGCGCCGAGCCAGAAAGCAAGCUCGCCUCCUUUUUCCACAAUUCUCUCUUGUCAUGGGCAAUCGCAAAAAGCCGUUCAGCACAAAGCAGAAGAAGGCGCAAAUUCAGGCCAAGCGCAUACGCAAGCGCGCCCAGGCCGAGGAGGAUGCCGACGCGUGGGAUUUCAAUAAGCAGAACCUUCCUGACUACACCGGCAAGGCCGUCCCGGCGCAGCCAGUGGCACCAAGCGCCGCAGUCAGGAAUGCGCUUACUGCGGCUGCGCCGAGCCGUAGCAAGCUGACUUCGCAAUUCGAUAAGCUGACACGACAGGAGAUCGACGCCAACAAAAAGCGCAGCAUGCUGCCGCUGCACCGGCUCAGCAGCCAGGAUGGCCUGACCAUGUCAUUUGCGGAUGCGUACUCGGCCGACGUGGACAUCCCGGUGCGUCCGCCGUGGUCAUACGAGCUGUCGAGGGAGGCGCUGGAGCGCCGUGAGGAAGCGUACUUUGAUGUCUGGCUGCAGAAGAUCCAGAAGCUGAAGGACAUGGACACCGUCAGCCUGUACGAGAAGAACCUUGAGGUCUGGCGGCAGCUGUGGCGCGUGGUCGAAAUCAGCGACAUCCUGCUGCUGGUUGUGGACAUCCGCCAUCCAGUCUUGCAUUUCCCGCCAUCGCUCUACCGAUACAUCUCCGAGACCACCGGCAAGCCAAUCGUGGUCGUGCUGAACAAGACCGACCUGGUCGCAGCCAACACCGUCAAGGCGUGGAAGCGGUACUUUAAGGAACAGUUCCCAUCGGUGACGCUGACGAGCUUUGGCUGCUACAGGAACAGCGAGGAGAUCCUGAACGACACUAAUGUGUGCGAUCUGAAGCUGCGCCGGAAGAAGCCGCGUAAGCGUGUCUAUGAUUCGUCGCAGGUCAGCGAUCUACUUGCCGCCUGUCGCCAUGUGUGCGUCGCUGAGAAGCGUGAUUUGGUCGAGUGGGAUUCGCUCAUUGCGCGGUACCAGCCCACUAGUGAGGCUGCAAAUGAGCUGCCUGGCCACGAAUCGGACAGCGACAGUGAGGAGGGCGACUCGGAUGAUGAGGGUGAGCAAGGCGGCUCGGACGCCGCGGAGCCGAGCCAGUCGGCACUAGCGGGUCAUGUCGAGACGGUGAGCAGCAAGUACGUUACGUUGGGGCUCGUGGGCCACCCGAACGUGGGCAAGAGCACAGUUAUCAACAGCAUCAUGGGCCGCACCGUUGUGAGUGCCAGCCGCACACCCGGCCACACCAAACACUUCCAGACCAUCCAUGUUACGCCCACCCUGCGUUUGUGUGAUUGUCCUGGCCUGGUGUUCCCAUGUGUUAUAGAGCGCCCGCUCCAGAUUCUGGCUGGCCUCUACAACAUUGCGCAAGUGCAGGAGCCGUUUACCUGUGUCCAGUACCUGGCAGAGCGCGUGCCCGUCGAGCGUGUACUGAAUCUGGAAAAGCCCGAGCCAACAGCGCUGGCAGGCGAUGAGUGGUCAGCCUGGGCCAUUUGUGAAGCGUUCGCGGUUGACCGCGGCUACUACACAUCCAAGGCUGCCCGCCCUGAUGUGUACCGAGCAGGUAAGCUAUCAACAAUUUCCUACCGCCUGUUGGACCGACUUUUUGCCGUACUAGUGACAAAAAAUAGGGAGGGUGAAUGGAUGGGUAUUUGCAAAUCCUGCCCAUCCUAGCAUUCCAUCCGCGCCAUCCAUCCUGACGGCUAGCCAGCCAGCACAUAUCAACGGGGGGCACAUGCGUGGGGAUGUAUGGCGUUCAUCACCAGAUUCGCACUUUGCUGUAUUCGCUAUAGCACAAUUGUGUGUCAUGGUUGGGCUCCCGCGUGCCGGUGAACAAAUUCCUAUAGUUCACCAAAAACCGAGCAGCGGAGUUCGCAGCUGCUGCCUCCUGCAUUCACUCCAUGUCACUGAGCGCUCUGC